GUCGUGACAUACCGAUACAAAGAACGGAUGGUCUACGUCACACCCGCAGAUACAUACGAGCAAGCCCUGCAGUACGCGCGAGACGUCUUCCCGGACGACCUGCGACACGUCCUCGCACAACAAAUCACCUUCACAAUCAUCUCGAACACGCCGAAGGGCAAGCGGGCAGUGCAGAUUGCGCCGAUGGCGUGGAAGGCCGUCGUGGGCACGCUCGCAUGCUACGAGAUCAUCGACAUCCACGUGCACCCGGAG